ACAGGUGAACACACCGCAAACAGCCGCAUAUGAUGCUCUUUGUCCCAGAAGCCCAUUGUACAGAGCGGAGGAAACCCUGUGCAGCCCGAGCAGCCAUCUUGGACAGACAGAUCAUACUUGAGCCAGGAUAACCUGCAUUCCUCUUGUGAGCAGCUCAGGAACACAAAGCUCAAAGGACUUCAUUUCUGAGCCACAAUGGCCACCGCACCAUACAACUACUCAUACAUUUUCAAAUACAUCAUUAUUGGGGACAUGGGGGUAGGGAAGUCAUGUUUGCUUCACCAAUUCACAGAAAAGAAAUUCAUGGCGGACUGCCCCCAUACGAUUGGUGUUGAGUUUGGUACAAGGAUAAUCGAGGUGAGCGGCCAGAAGAUCAAGCUGCAGAUUUGGGACACAGCGGGACAAGAGCGCUUCAGGGCCGUCACUCGCUCCUACUACCGCGGAGCCGCAGGAGCACUCAUGGUCUACGACAUCACCAGGAGAAGCACGUACAACCACCUCAGCAGCUGGCUGACUGAUGCCAGAAACCUCACCAACCCCAAUACUGUGAUCAUUCUCAUAGGAAACAAAGCAGACCUGGAGGCCCAGAGGGAUGUCACAUAUGAGGAAGCAAAACAGUUUGCCGAGGAGAAUGGUCUGUUGUUUCUGGAAGCCAGCGCAAAAACAGGUGAAAACGUUGAGGACGCCUUCCUGGAAGCUGCUAAGAAGAUCUACCAGAACAUCCAAGAUGGCAGCCUGGACCUGAAUGCAGCUGAGUCGGGGGUCCAGCACAAGCCCUCUGCCCCUCAGGGCGGCCGGCUAACCAGCGAACCACAGCCCCAGAGGGAAGGCUGCGGCUGCUAAUGACACAGCAAACUCCCUUCAUCUUCCCUUCCUCUCUCUCUCUCUCUCUCUCUGUCCUGCCCACCGCCCUCCCUCACCCAUCCUCCCUCCCCUCCAUCCAUUCCUCCACCUCCGUAUGUCCAUCCACCCUCCUCCCUCACUGCACCAGGAGCUGCAUGAGAGCAGGGCUGCGGAGAGAAGGAACGGGGGACGGAUAUCGACUUGGGCCAGACUGAGCUGGAGCAGGGCUGUGUGGACUGCACCUCUCCCCCUCCCUCCCUCUCUCUCUCCCCCUUCUCUCUGCCUGUCUGUCUCCAUUUGUUGCCGUCUCGCUUACCCUCUCUAAACUCUGUGUCCUUCCAUAACUCUCCUCUUUCGCCCCCCUCCACUCUAUUCGUGCACCAUUCAGUGUAGUCCUCCCUCCAUCAUAGAAUCGUAGACACCACCACCACCAUGCAUUACACGGGUUACUGACACUUUAGAUAGAUGUAAUGUUGAUACGAUAACGAUAAACCGAGACUGUUUUUUAUGUUUGGUUUUAUAGCUAUAUAUGACAUGUAAACACUGCAUUAAGUUUCAUCCAUCAUUGAUCAGUUCUGUCUGAAUCGGAUCGGAAUUAUAUCCUGAAAGUCCUCACGUCUCUCCCGCAUCGUUUACCAAUCCAGCGUUUUAGCGAGACAUGUGGGUGUGACAACACGCCCACCGGAUCGGGACAGUGAAGGCAAUGAAGUGUAGUGUAUCAUGCAGCCACACAGGUGGAGCCUCUUAAAGUGUGUCAAAGAAUGUGUAGCCGAGUGAGCUUUUUUUUUUCUGAAGGAUUCACACCUGCUUGUGGCUUUUUAAUUCUGUUUCUGCUGCUCGGCACAAAGCGAGUUCCUUUGCCCCCCGACGUGGCAAAGCUGAUGCGCUCAGAAGAGAGAGAGAGGAAAACCCGGAAUAACCCAUGAAUUCUUUGCGGGUGAUUCCUCUGUCUCUCCUCUGAGAUAUCACAGGAAGGAAUAUUGGGUGUUUUCCAGCUUGUCUGUAUUUCGUGAGUGUCUGUGUGUGUUUAAGAAGUUGGAUGGGAGUUUUCUUUUUGACACUUUAGCAACAAAAAAAACCAACAAAAAAACAUGGCAUUUGUUUUUGAUGGAAAAAUUCAUUCACAUCUGUUUAUUUGCACCAGCUCUCCUUCUCUCCUCACUCAUGUGACCCCAGAGCUCUCAUAUCAACAGAUUCUGUCUUUACCAGCAUUUUCUUUGUCAUUGUUUGUUGCCUUAUUAUAAUUAAUGUUAUUUACUCUUUAAUCUUUCUCGUUUUUGCUGCACUUGCUCUUCACGCUGCUGUUUGGAUUCUCCCUGAUUCAGUAAAUCAACUCUUUUUAGAAUAAUCAUUGCAUUUGACUGGAGAAUAACAGACACGUACAAAGUGGUGGCUCACACGGUCAUAUUAUCUAUCAGCAGCAUGGUCUUAAGCCCACAUCUUAAUUAAUGGGAUGUAAAAACAAAGUGUCAACACUCCUUUAUCUCAAAGUGCUGCACUGAAGAGCUGAUCUUUGUUCAUUUGGGCAGUUGUUUCUCUGCGUUGUAUAAUACAACACCAAGCAGCAUGACUCCCCCCUCCCAACACAGUGAGAUUGUCAAAAUCCAAUUGUUUUUUUUUCUCCUCCCCAAGUACAAUUUUUCUGUACCAUAGUGAUUCCCUGAUUAGACAGCUGUAUAUAUUGCUUCUUAACUAUUGGUGAUGACCUCGCUACUUGGGAUUUAGACAUUUAUUUGCUGGCUCUGCCAAGAUCUGUACAGUUGAUGUGCUAGUGGGUUGCCUGUAAUUCAUGCUUGGGAAAUUCUGUAACAUAGUUUCUAUUAAUAAAUGUAUGUAAAGGACAGACACCUAGACACCGCCCUCCUCCUCCCACCCACCCUGUCUGCACACUACUGAACCUGUCGAUUGGUUAAGGGGAGAGGAAGUGGAUUGAGAUGAUGUGCAAACUAGUAUUUAUGUCUGCAAACUUUGAUUCCUCUUUUCUGUAUGGAGUGGAGAAAGGGGCACUUUUAUGUUUAUAUUCAGUUUUUUGCUUUCCACACCCCAUCAUCGCUCCUCCCCACAUGGGCGGGGCCUGCAUCGCUGUCUUAACUUUUGGGGAGUGGGGAUCGGUUUAUUAUUGUGGGAAGU